GCUUUACAAUGGGUCUUGCGGGUCAAAAGAAUAAGCAGCGGAUAGGCCUGGAUCCCCAGAACAAAACCUGGAAGAAUGACCAGUCAAAAUUCGGGUUUAAGAUGCUGCAGAAAAUGGGCUGGUCUGAGGGCAAAGGACUGGGAGCAAACGAGGAUGGUCUAACAGAGCACGUCAAAGUGCGCUUAAAGGAAGACAAUUUGGGUGUCGGUGCGGACCGACGGACGAUUGAUAAUUGGUUGGAUAACAAUAGCGCCUUUGAUGCAUUGUUGAAAGGAUUGAAUGGUAGUGGAGACGAUGGUACACCCGAGCCUGCAGCCGUAGAGAAAGAGAAGCCGGAAGUUUUAGAGACGACGUCGCACGCAAAACCAGCGCACGGACGGCUAUACCACCGCAAGAAAUUCCUUCGUAACAAACUUGUGAGCAAUUACGACUCGAAAGACCUCAACAUGAUUCUCGGUGUAAAAGCCGAUCAGGAUGUGCCAUCAGAUUCGGGUACACCGAGCACCGAGUCAUCGGAUGACGGUGACGCUCUGAAACAGCAGGAAACCCCGCGCCUUAAAGUUGCUGCUAUUAACGUCCACGAUUAUUUUGCACAACGGAUGGCAGCAAUGGGUUUGGCUGCAGGGGAGGUCAAUAACAAGGACAAGGAUGCUGAGGAAGAUGAUAGACCUUCUUUCGGAGGAUUGGGCUUGGGCGCUGGAAUGGGGACCGAGACGUCGACAACGCCUGGCAUUGGGCUGCGGACCUUUGUUAAAUCAACUGGCGAGACAUCUGUCACCAUGGCUCUGAGUCAAAAUGUAGCAACGUCCGGAGGGACAACGGAGGUUGCAGCAACAGUCGAGGAACCUUCCAAAAAGAAAAAGAAAAGCAAAGGAAAGGACGAGAGUACUGACAGUACAUCGUCGGACCAGAAGGUGAAGGUGAAGAAAUCAAAGAAAGAUAAGAGGGAAAAGAAGGACAAGGAUUUAAAGGAUGCCAACACAUCAAAGGGCAAUAAGCGAAAACAUGCAGAAAACGAUUCAGAUCAAGCACCCGUCACCAAAAAGUCUAAAUCGUCCGCAAAAUCUACGUCGGAUGCCGACAAAUCUUUGACUACCAAGAAAUCCAAGAAGGACAAGAAAUCCAAGACAGAGUCGCUAACUCCUCCCAUCUCUCCCGACAAGACAAAAUCAAAGAAAGGAAAGACCGUAAAGGAUACUGAAAAGAAAAAGAAGAGUAAACGGAAGGAAAAGGAGAAUUGUGUGGCUGAUAGAUAGUAGAUUCAAAGGAGUUGGUAAAAGCACGAUUUGAUGGCUGAUAGUAUUUAUUUAUUUUUUGUUUUUGAUGCGAGGGCAUCCUGUAAUAUAAGAUAUUAUUUUUUUU